CGCCCCGCCCCGGGGCCUCCCAGCCCGCGCUUCCGCCCCUUCUCAGGGUCCCGGGGGGGGCUCCCGGCACGCCCCCGAAAGGGGGGUCUGAGGCGGUCCCAGGCUGGUGGGCGGGGCCUGUGGCCUCCAGCCUAAACCGUGGGACACAACCCGCUGCAGAGUACAGCUGCGCCGAGCCCACCUGUCCAGGUCCCCAUCCCAGCCUUGGCAAUGACCCUGGCGGCCUCCUCCCAGCGCUCCCAAAUCAUUCGCUCCAAGUUCCGAUCUGGCCAGGCUCCUGGACGCUCCCUUCCCACCUUUCUCCUCCCAUCUCCCUCCUCCCUCCACAGUCCUCCAGCUUCGGAUCCACAGACGGUAUCAGGACCCAAGAUCCACUGAAAUCCCAUCCUGUCCUUUGCCGAGGACCCAGGAGUACAGUCUCAGAUCCAGAUCCGUGGAUCUCAGCCUCAGGCCCAGCUCUGGCUCCGGCCCCAGCCUUGCCCUUGGGUCCUGCUCCUUCCCUCUUCAGCCCUGGGGUCCUGCUCCCUGAGCCAGAAUACUGCCCUUGGAGGUCCCUGAAGAAGGAGUCUCCCAAGAUCUCCCAACAAUGGAGGGAGCCCAAGCCAGAGGGGAACUUGACACACCACCAGUACAUGCCCCCAGAGCCAAGACAAGGGUCCAGGACAGACCCUCAGACCGAAAGGAUGAAGCCCACUCCCGUCACUGCCUCCCCACCAGGAAUCCCCAGCCCCUCGCCCCCUCCACACAAGAUGGAACUUCAGACCCUUAAACUGGAGGAGCUGACGGUCUCGGAGCUCCGGCAGCAGCUGCGCCUGCGGGGCCUCCCGGUGUCCGGGACCAAGUCGAUGCUCCUGGAGCGCAUGCGCGGCGACGCCACGCCCCGUGAGCGGCCGAAGCCGCGGCGCGAGGACAGUCCCGCGGGGGCUCGCUGGCCGCGUCUCAGGCCUAAGACGCAGGGAGCCGCCCGGCGGCCGGGUUCGUUGAAGCCAAGCUCAGCUUCUCACCAGCCGCCUCUUCCACGUGCCGCGGAAACCCUUGUGACAGCUCCGGCUCCGGCUCCAGCUCUGACCCCUUCCUCAGCACCAGCAUUGGUGGCUCUGACUCUGGAGGAGGAGCUUCAGGAAGCGAUCCGCAGGGCGCAGUUGCUUCCGAACCGGGGCAUCGAUGACAUCCUGGAGGGCCAGGUGGAGCCUAAUGACCCGCUGCCCCCCAUUCCUCUGGACUUCCCCGGCUCCUUUGACGUGCUGUCCCCCUCCCCGGACUCUGAAGGCCUCUCAUCUGUCUUCUCUUCCUCGCUCCCGUCUCCCACGAGCUCCCCAUCCCCCUCUCCGAGGGGCCCCACAGACUCCUUGGACUGGCUGGAGGCUCUGAGUGGGGGUCCCCCGCUGGGCAAUGGCCCCCCAGCUCCCAGCAUCUUCUCUGCUGACUUAUCUUACCCCAGUGGCACCCGGCUGUGGGACCUGCUGGAGGAUCCAUGCUGAUGGAUUCUGGGGUUUCCAGGGAUUGAGACCUGGUGGGGAUGGGGAGGUCACAGAGACAGACUCUCUGAGGGAGGGGUUGGAACAACCAGCAGAGCCCCUCCCACCACAGACAAACACAACUUUCUUCCCCACCUGGCCCUGGCACUGCUGCUGAUGUGCCAACCACCUUGCUCCGCCUGCCUAAUCUCCAUGUGAUCCCCUCCAUGGUUGUGUGGUUGGGGCCGGGGAGGUUUCAUUUGCUGCUGGUCAGGGUAAACAAGUUGCUUGCUACUUCCUGCAGAGACCUCAUGGAUGUCUUUGUUCCCACCUUCUUCCCCCCUAUCCCCCUGACUAGAUGGCUGCCUGUUGCCGGGGAGUCUGGAAGGUGGUCUGUGCUUUCUAGAUGCAGGAGAGGGGCAGGGAAGAGCAGAGAGGAGAAGAGGGAGCCAGACCCUGGCUUCUGGUUGGCGAUGAGAAAGUCAGAAGCGUUGUGUCUGAGGUCAGAAUCUCUUGGAAGCAGAGCCUGAGACGAGAUUCACAUGCCUGUGAUUUAUGAAAGAAAUGCUUCCAGGAGGAACCGAAAAGGAGUGGAUGAAAAAAGACAGUGAAGGGGACGAAGACCAGCAAGAGGGUGACUUCAGAUGAAGUCCCAAACUCAGCCUGAUCCCCCGGGGAGCUCUGGAGGACAAAUUAAGUUGCAGAGUCUUUCCCACCUCGAGACAAAGGGAACUGGGCCUUUGAGGCAAAGGGAGAUCCCUGUUUGGGUUUAUUAUCGCUGAAUUCCAACCACCCCAAAGCUUAGAGUCUUAAAAUAAUAACUGUCUGUGAUCACUCACAAUUCCAUGGGUUGGCUGGGCUCAGGGAGGCAGUUGUUGGGCAACAUAUGAUGUCAGCCAGGGCUGUGGUCAUCUUAGGGCCCAACCAGGCUGCAACAUCCAAGAUGGCGCCCUCAGCCGUGUCUGGUGCCUUGGCAAGAUGGCUAUUAGGCUGGACCCAACUGGGCUGUGGGACAUCUGGACUUCUCUCAUUCUCUGUGUAGCCUCAGUGUUCUCCCUGUCCAUGUAGUCUCUCCAACGGGGUAGCUGAACUCCUUACAUGGUAGCUCAGGGCUCCCCAAAACAAGCAUUCCUAGGGGAGGAAGCAGAAGCCGCCAGUCUCUUAAAGACUAAGCUUGGAACUCGCAGUGUCACUUCCACCACAUUCGAUUGGUUAAUGCAAGUCAGGCCAUCCCAGGCUGAAUAGGGGAGGGACCACACAAAUGUGUGAAUAUCAGGGGCGUGGUUACUGGGGGCUGUAUUUAGAGACUUGCUACUACACCCCUCUCAGCAGUCGUGGGCUGUGGGUCCCGAGAAGGGGGCAGGACAUAAACUCCCAGGCACCUGAAGCCCAAGGGUAGUUCUGGGGAGAAGGGCACAGGGUAAGCCAUUAGCAGCAAAGCGUUUGAAAAUGUAGGUAUUAUUAUUCAGAUAUGGUGAGACCAACAGAUCAGGAGAUGAUUGUCAUUGAAAAGAUAGUUUGUUAUUCUCACAGAUCCCAAAAGAAGGGGAUGCGCCAAGCCAUGCAGGGCCACAUGGGGAAACACCACAGUAGCCAGGAUGCAGAAGGAGAGAGGGGACCAUGGGCAAGAGUCUCUAUGGUAGUUUCCUCUGGAAGGAACAGACGAGGCAAGGUAAGCAGGCUUAGGAUUGUUUAGUUUGACUAAUGUCAGCAGGCUCUGGGGUGUAGGGGCUGUCCAUCGUUGUCUGGAACCUGGCCCUGGAGUGGUUCGGCAGAACCAUGGUGGCCUGGAGUAUAAGAGCUCCGGAAAGGAAGUGGUUGGGGGUCUGGGCUCUGGGUCGGCUGCCUUGCCUAGGAGAGAUCCACUCACAGGUAAGCCCUUCAUUAUCUCUAGGAAUUGGCUAGCCUGGGGAGGGACAGUCCCUCCAAUGUCAACAAGGCCCCAGCUGUCAAGGCACCAGAAAUAUGGAAAAUAAAAAGGCAUGAUUAAUGCACCAGGCACACGGUAGCUGGGAGCUGGGUGCACAGAGCUGGAAAGAGAAACCUGAAGGAACCUGGGCGGGCCACCAACAGUGUCUGCCACAGUUGGAAAAGGACACCAGACCAGUUACGGGCAACAGGACCUAGAGCCAGUGACUUUCCCUCAUCUUGCUGUCAGUUUCCUCAUCUGUACCUACAGCCCAGGGUGGAUGAGGGUGUUCACUGAGACUGUCCAUGAACUGGACCUGGCAUGUGACGUGUGCUAAUAAACACUUAUCAUCGUUUUUAGCUGCUGAUCGUCAGUUCUAGUGCCUCAACGUGUGAAAACUCUAGUAGUUGCUAGAGAUCUAUGAUAAAAAGGGAAUGGAAUGCAUGCUCAUUUCCAUGAGGCAAAGGCAGCUGGGUCUUGCAGGACCUUUCAUGUUUGGCUGAAAACAUGUGGGAAAUGGGUGCAGUCAGCCCUGGAAAGAUCAGGAAGGGGUGUGACAGGGUUCCCUCUGUCUCCAUUUCCCUUGAGACCCUUCUAUGCCUGUAUCUUCAUCUCUGCCUGACUGUGUCCUCGUCAU